AUGUCAGCAACCAGAAAGGAGGCCGAGGUGUUCAGCUGGUGGCGGCUCUCCCCGCGCACCACUUGGAGCAGCAGCAUCUGGGUGCAAGGUAAGAAGAACCCACCUGCUGAGGACACAGUCGUGCUAACACAUAUGAAGAUAUUGAGCAGUGAAGGAAUUCAAAAUCCAGGGUUAAUCCCUGAGCCUCCAGAUGAAACAGACUGCACAGAAAAAUCCUCUCUCUCUGGCGUCAGCCUCCCACCGGACAGCCAGGGAAACCUGAAUGCAGCAGCCACGCCAGCAAAUCCGGAUUAUGCAGAUACCCAGGCGAGCACAGACUAUGUAGCCACACUGCCUGACCUCAGCACCUUUGAGCCCAAGUGUCGACUUCACAGAUUUUCCAAAUUUGAAUCAGAGGACUCGGGGGUUGAACUGCCUAGUGGGGCUAAUUCUCCAUCAACGCCAACAGGUUCAGAGAAGAGCUUUGUGCUUCACAGCAGAGACUCAUUUUGUGACUCUGGGGUGCUUAGCACCUCUUCUUCUCCAGAGAUUGACCAUCUGAUAAUGCGAACAUGUAAAGAGCGGGUCAGAAAAGCUAGUCACCAUGGCCCAGAGAGUGAAAAGCAAGCUGAGUACUGCAGCCAGGAGGUAGAUGCUGUGCACGUCCCUACAACUUCCCCUGAAGACUUCUGUGUUCCUCAGGAAGGAGGAAGUCCCAAACAGCAUUUUGACCAAAGUGAAAGGCAAUCUCUGGAAAAACAACCUACCCAAGAAACGGACCUUCCCAGGGAAAACACACUUUCUAACCCAGCAACUUCAGAAGAGACAAAGACAAUCGCUGAGCAUUACCCGGAGACCUUUGGCAGUGUGCAAGACCUUCAGGUCUGUGAACAUCAGCUGAAAAAGUACCCCACAAGUGACAGUCUGGAUGAAUACAUGGAUGAAUGCUGUAGACUGAGCGAGGUGAACCAGGGGAACAGCAAAGCCCUGGGAUCUGGCCUGGGAUACUUGGAGCACAUUUGCCAACUGAUUGAAAAGAUUGGGCAGCUACAGGAGCACAAUUUGCGGCUCCAAAAGCAGGUGUGCAGCUUGCAGAAAGAGCAGAAGAUGAGCCAGAUAAAGGAGGAGUACCUUCUGCAACAUUGCUCCUGUGGAGCUGCCAGCGUCUUCCUCAACUCGUACCAAGAGGUGAAGCCUUUUUUUACUGGGAGGAGCAGACCUCACAGCCUCUUGAUUCAGACUGGAAACCCUUCAGAUCUUUCCAUCAUUCCAGAAAUAGGAGGGAACACUGAAAAGCUGAGCAGCUGCAGUGGAAAUGAGAGAUACCUGGAAUCAGGAAACAGCCAGCUGAUGGCAGGGCUCAGGAAGUCGUCAAACAAUAGGAGCAACAAGGAAAACGAGUUCAGAGAAGCCUGUGGCACAGCUGAGGGACAAGCUUUUCCAUCAAAGGAUGCCACAGUAAGAAAGGGUCUGGACAUCAGUAAGAACAUCUCGAGUGAAAGUCAUGCUUGGGGAAGAGUGAGAGAUCUUAUGAGGAAGACACGGCUGAGAAACCAGAGCAAGCUGGGGCUGUCCUCCGCUGCUCUGAAGAUGUCCUGCCCACAGCUAUACAGGCCAGAUAUUAUGUCUUCAGAGCUGAGAAAAACUGAGAGGAACUCCAUGAUUGUUCUGGGACAAAAUACAAAGAAUGAAAACAUAUGGCCUUUCUGAUAACACAAAUCAAAUGG